UCCAGGGUCCCAUCCAUCUGAAUCCAUUGAAUCUGAAAGUGCAAACAUACCUAUUUAUGAUGCUAACAAGCAUUUUCACUUUGAUAUAACGUUUGAUAAUGUUAAUCAGAAGAUUGGUGUCAGACAUCACGUUCGGGGAAAAAAGAAUACCAUGUUGAAUAUGGUGCAGUCGUAUGCCACAUUAGAAAGAGUUGCAAGUUAUGGCCUGUCAAACACAUUGCCAAGUGCAGAUGACAUAAGACAAAUUAGUCUUUCAGAUAUGUUGCCUUCAGUCACAGAUGAGCUGGAACUGAAGAAUGAGCUGAAGACGAUGGUAAAGAGAAUUCUAAGGAAAUACAUUCCAGUUUUUGAAAACGUGGAUGUUGAAUGGUCGAUUUCACAUCAGUACUCCCAACAGGCGUCUUAUAAAAGUGAAAUUGUAAGUGAUUUAUUCUUUCAGGCUCUCCACAGAGAGAAAGGAACAUUAUAUAAAUUGAAACAGGUCUUUGAUCACACAGGUGUAUCAAAAAACAUUAUGGAAUGUUUCAAUAAGGCUGAGGAACUUCUCGUAUUCUCAACAGAAGGACUGACACUUUUGAACUUUAUGUCGCUUACCGAAAUGGACAACAUUUCAUCUGUACCACUUUGCUUACCAAACUCCAAAUACGAAAGGGAGCUUUAUAUGGACGAUGUUGCUGACAGGAUCAUUGACUCAGUGUUUUAUUCAUCAAACACAAAGAAUGUUCUCCAUGUUGCAAGUGACAAAAAUUCAGAAACUGGGAUGUACUGUAUUUGUAAGUUAGACAUAGGUGGAACAAUGGUUUAUUGUAACAACACGGCCUGUACAUUUGGAUCAUGGUUCCAUUUGGAAUGCUUAGAAAUGGACGAAGCCGAUGUUCCUGAAGGGGAUUGGUUUUGUUCAGAAGAGUGUAAAACAUACAGUAACACAAACAAAACGAAGAAAACAAGGAAAACUAUGAACAAAUUCAUCGACAUACAAAAUCUGUAUGUAAAGAGGUUGCUUUGGCGAGGAUUAAAUGACAUUGCAAGGCAUGAUGCAGUUAUUGAAAAUGAUGGACCAAGAAUGAUAAUGCACUGGAAGUUUGAUAUGGUUGAUUUCUAUAACAAACAUCACCCCAAAUAUUUCAUAUUUGGUCACAGGUUGCUUGCCAAUAUAGCAGGAGCUACUUCUGAAAGAAUGAGACACGCUCUUCUGUGGGAAAGAACAGUGAAUGUUCAUGGAGGUAAACGUAAAAAUGUACCAAAGGAUCUCCAUUGCGAGCAUUUAAACAAUGAAUACAAAGAAAAUAGUAGAAAGGCUGGUGGUCAGCUAACAGAGAAAACUGUAGGUAGGCACAGUCAAAUGCUUGGAAUAGGCAAGAUACUUGACAGAGUAUUUGAUGAGAAGGUUGUCAGCAGACCAACUCCCAUGAGAAAACAUGGAAAGGUUGACAGAACACCAGAUGUUUUAAGGAUGGCUGGAAUGCUACACCAUAUGGAACUUUUCCAAGUAAAGACUGGGAGAUUUUUCAAGGGAUUUGAAAAUUUCUACAUAGAAGGGGGCAUAAAAAACCCAAAACAAUUCAGGCAAAGAAUGGACAAACACAUGGAAACGUUGGCUAAAACAAGAGAGAUGAAAAUAGAUAAUUAGUUUUUUGUGACAAACUGAUGAUAAGCAACAUAAAAAAUCAAUAUUGAAAUGAAACAGUGAAAUAUUGAAAUGAAACAUUGAACUAUUGAAACAUUGUAAUGAUAUGUAAUCAGUUCUGUACAAACAUGUGACAUAUCAAGCAUUAAUCCAGUUAACUGCCAUGGAAUCAUUACUGUGCUUGUGUCAAGUAAAAUUCUAUGAUGGCUAGUAGUGUACUGUUUUUGCUAGGACAUGUGCAUUUCAAGCAACAGACGUAACAGCACAAACAACCUAAACAUUGACAGCUUUGAGCACACAUGUUGUCACAAGCAGACUUGUUUCCUAGACAUUUAAUUUCCGUUUCAUUAUCCGGAGAUAAAGCAAAGUACUUCAGACAAUAAACUCGUUGGCAAGUUGGUGUGGAUACAAGGUCUCGCAAGUACACUUUAGUAGGACAGGUGCAUGUUCUUUUGCUACUUUUUUUACAUGUUUGACAUGGUUGUAUGGUGCUUCUUGGAUACCCAUAACAUAUCAUUAAAGACUUUCUUCCAUCUCUUCCACACCUACCUGCUUGUUGCCAAAGUUGCAAUAAAGUAGGUGGUAGACCCCAUAUCACAACUAUCGAUAUGUCUGGAAUGUCAAUGCCCAUACCCACAGCAACAGUGGCUAUCAGAACUCUUAUAAAUCCACCAGGCGUGAUGAACUUUUCCAUAAUACGCUCUUUGGAGCAGGUGUCUGUAUGUGCAUGAUACAUUUCAACAAGUCUAUUUUCAACGUGUACAUCGCCUGUGUAUGCAUUUUCAUUCAGUGUUGAAUGUAGCCAUAUGUAUAAUCUGUGACACAUAUUUAUUGAAUUGACAUAUACAAGAACUUUUUUCAUGUGUACACCAUGUUGUAAAAUGCCAUCUUUUAUCCACUUGAGUUCCUCUUCAUAUUUCUCAGUAGAUUUUAGUGUAGAAAUCAUGAUGUUAGGCCUGUAAUGGUAAAAAAAUUGGCUGUAGUUAGAAGAUGUUUUUGGUAUUAUUUUAAUGUGUUUUGAUUCAUACUGACUAUGAUAGUUUCAUUUAUAAUAACACAUAUGCAUGCAGCAGAAAAGACAUUAUGUGCAACUGUCCAUAUUACAAA